GAGGUUUUAUCACCACUUGCGUUUAGUCUUAACGUCAAAGGCAAGUUCGGUAGACGGUUAUCGGGUUACCAUAUCACUCAACGAGCCCAAAAAAAAAAAAACAACAACACGAAUCCCAGCACUCAGACAGUUGGUUUUGCUGUGUAUUGUGGUAAUACAAUUCAGUAUUUUAUGAUACGCAAACAAGUGAAGCACACGUCGGUGGAAAGAUUUUAUUUCUUUAAAACAUCUCAUCAACACUUGUUUACAACGGUCAAAUUAAAAAUAUAAAGAAAUUAACAAUAAAUGCCAAAUCCCCGCAAUCGACGUUGGGCCCCACAACAAGUCUAAUUAUCGAAUUGCCGCAAUCACUAAACAAUCGCAGAACCAACAAAAGAGCGCGUUAUCGAUUAAUGGAUUAUCGUAAAUAAUUUGCCUAUGCAAAUCUCCAAACCUCCCACGCACAAACAAACACACAUUUGCAGGAGCAACAGAAAGCACAGAGUGUGAAAAUAAAGAGCAAAGAGUGUGAUUAGUGACAGUGACCCCAAAAAAUAAGAGCAAUUAAUAGUUGUUGAAUUGUCAAUUGAUAAAUGGCAAAUUAACAAAAACAAAAAAAAAGAAAACAAAAGAGAAAUUGACAAAUAACGGCUUGUUGGCUAAGCUCACUUAGAAAAGAAAUAAAAAAGUGAAAAAGAAACCAAGACAACAACGCGUGCAAGACAAAUAAAAUAAAAAAAAAAAAAACAUUUGAGUUAAGAUAAUGAAAUCAAAAAAUAAAUAAAUACAAAAAUUUUAGAAAAUGUUUAACAUAAAAAAAAUUUACAAAAUUGCAAUAAGUUAAGAAAACACCUAGUGUUAUAAGAAAAUAAUAUAUAAAAGCGAAAUAGGAUUUUACAACCUCUGAAUUUCUCCACACCAAAACCCAGUGACAAUCUUUCCUAACCUCAAUAUUUCUGGUUUGAUUACGCCGCGUGAAACUCCAACAAGAACCAUGGUUUCCUACUACAAUCCCUUGUCAUAUUCACAAAAACACAGUGCUGCCGCCGCUAAUCUGGCCUACUCGGCGGGUCAGCCUUGGCAAUGGACCGCUAAUUACCACACUCCGCCUAAUCAUCAAUACUUGGGUGACAUGGACUCGCCACAUGCGGCGGCACAUCAUCAAAUGUACUACAAUCCUCAUGCCAUGUUUCAUUCGGCCUCCAAUGCUGCCAGCGCUGGCUCAGAUUGGCAUUCACCUUCGUCGGCGGAAAAUUUUGCCCAGAACCCUCAAUUAUUACAACAACACCAGCUGCUGAAUGGCACUGGGGCAGCCGGCUCAACACCCUCCUCGUCGGCGGGAAGUGCGAGUAGCACUACAUCGGCUGGUCCAGCUUCGGGUAGUACCACUCAGUUAAAUGAAACUGUCAGCAGCAUUGGUGAUCCCCAGCAGCAACAACAACAACAGCAGCAGCAACAACAGCAUCACAUUGCCGAAGGCUUGCCCUCACCCCCCAUAACAGUGAGUGGUAGUGAAAUUUCAAGUCCAGGAGCUCCAGCCUCCUCAUCAUCGCCUCAUCACAUUGCCCAUCAUUUGAAUAAUAACAAUAGUCCAUCGACGGCUAAUAAUAAUAACAACAACAGCAGCAUUAGUAAUCAUAAUCGUUCAUCGCCUGUAAAGUCGCAUCAGUAUUACGAGUGGAUGAAGAAGCCGACAUAUCCAGCACAACCAGCGCCUGGCAAAACUCGUACCAAGGAUAAAUAUCGCGUGGUCUACACAGAUUUUCAACGUUUAGAAUUGGAAAAGGAAUACUGCACAUCGCGUUACAUUACCAUACGCCGUAAAACUGAGCUGGCACAAAGUCUGUCGCUCUCGGAACGUCAGGUGAAGAUAUGGUUUCAAAAUCGACGAGCAAAAGAGCGUAAACAAAAUAAGAAAGUCAGCGAACCCUCCAUUGGUGGCGUACAACAUCCGGACUAUGCCAAUUUGAUGGAUACUAAACCAAAACUAGAACCAGGUAUUCAUUUGCAACAUUCCCUGCACUCGAUGAGUUCCAUGGCUGCCAUGGGUAUGCCUGCCAUGCGUUUGCAUCCGCAUCAUUUGCAUAGCCAUCAUCCGUUGGCAGUGAGUGCACACUCGCAUCAGUUGCAUCAGUCGCCGCAUGCCCAGAUAUCAGCCGUGGGAGCCCUCUCGAUGUGACAACCUUUUGCGGCAGCAGCAACAGUUGGCAACAACAACAACAACCACCACCACCACCACCACAAUGAUGAUGAUGAGGAUGAUGACGAUGUUAAUGGGGAUCAUCAUAUUUUGCAUGAUAUAGCCGCAGCGGCGGCGGCAGCAGCAGCAGCAGGUGACAACAAUGAUGCUGAUGUGGAAACAGCCUUGGCUGCCAUAGCUGCCGUCGGCAAUAAUGACUUGAUAUUGACCGGCGGCAGCAACUCAUCAGCAACUCGAACUUCGUGCCUAGCAUGCAGCAACCACAGCACUUGUCCUAGUGAAUUAUUACACACCCCUCCUACACACUGUAAUUAGGCCGCAUAUUACAAAAUAGAUACACUCGCACACGCAACAACUGACGAUGAACUUGAACUAGGAAGGGGUGAUCUUUUAACAGGGUUCAAUUAUUUUAUAAAAUUUAGCUUUAAGUCCAAAACUAAACGGGAGAUCACUUGCAAAACUGGAGGCAUUCAUGGAGGCAUGUGUAGAUGGCCAUAUUUCCCAACUUUCCUUUAUGUAAAUAGUUGUUAUUUUAGUAUGCCAACCUCAGCUGAAUAUUGCACGUGUUGUCUUUUGUGAUUGUAUAUUCCAGCUGUUGUUGAGAAGCGUACUAACAUAUCGUCCCUCUUUCUAUCUUGUCCUGUCCUAUUCUUUAUAUUCCGAUGCUCUUGCUUUGGCCAUAUUCCUGCAUAGCCCCAGUAUGGUUGAGUCCCGCCAUACAUCUUAACUAACGUACACUAAAAUAACUUUUAUGUGUUUUUUAUUGUUUUUUGUUUUGAUUUUUUUUUUUUAUUUAGUUUAUUUUUAUUUAAAGCAACUGUAGUUUAAGUAAAGAAAAAAGAAAUUAGUAUAGCCUUAGGUUCAAGCUAAAAUGCCUUAACAAAUAUCAAUAUCAAGCUGAAGAAGAGGAAAAAAGUAAAAUUGGAAAAUUCUAGACAAAACAGUUUUUUUUUUUUAAUUUCUAUAUUUAUAGCCGUCCUUGGAAAUCACAUCAAUAUCACUCGUAAAUUUAAGUUCAAGCCCCAACUGUGUGUAUAUUAAAAUGGAAAAUUAGAAAACUAAUGACGAAUUUUGUUCAGUUCGGUGCAAUUAAAAUUUAGACAUUUGUAAUUAUCGCUAAGAAGUCCAAACAACCAUUCCUUUUUUUUUUUGGUUUCCAAUCUUGUGUAAAUAGUUUUCCACUUUAGAGAAAUAAUAACCUUGCCCACAUUCCUCUAUAUAUAAAUAUAUGGUCUAUGUAUAACGUUUAUUACUUCUUACAUAAUAAGAAACUAAAAUAUUAUAGUUUAGUAGCAAAAAAAAAAACAAAAACACAAACCAGCAAGAGAAUCAAUCAAAAACUUUUCACGUACAAAAAGGCCUAAAGACAACUGAACACAAACUACUUACUACUCGUAAUUUUACAAAUAAAAAUAAAUACUACUUACUAUACUUUAAAGCCACUUGCAUUAAUUGUUCCUUGGUUGAUCAAUUCAAAUAACCAUACACCGUAUGUAAAUGGUCAUUAAACAUAAAUACUUAAAUUAUUUAGUAAUAAAUUAUAUGAAUAGAUAAACGUUAAAAAAAACUAAACGUACACCCACACACAACACACUCUAUUUAAAUUCAAUUUAAUAAAAUCCAGAGUUUUUACUCUUUGGUUUUUUUUUUUCAAUCUUCUUAGUGUAGUAGUUAAUGAAUGAAUUAAAAAUAUGCAAUAAUUCUAUAAUGUAAAUGUUUUUUUUUUCCUUGAUACAAAUGCAAUUCUAAUUUAUAAAACCUAAGUUGCUAUUUCGUAAAAGAAGGCAGCAUUUAAAUUUCAUUGCAAAUUAAAAAUUAAAGCUGGCAAACAAAAAACAAAUCCUCAAUA